AUGAGCGCGGCGUCGGGGGACACCAAGAGAGGAACAGAGGAGAUCGCGACUGCUGCCAAGCGAGACGGAGUCUCGCAGCUUCUCCCGGCUCUCAGGGGAGGCAGGAGGAGCCCUGGGCAUGCAGGAACUUCGACGCGCGCGUCUUCGGUCACGGGAGAGAGGGACGACGAAGCGCACGAGCGAGAAACCGAUCGGCGCCCGAAUCAGGAAUGGGGCACUCCAGCCUGGACUUCCUCCUCCAGCGGCGUUGCGCUCUCUGGUCUGCACCGCGGCGACCGUCUGGCGUCUCAGAGAGGUGCUCCUUUCUCCGGGUUGGGCUCCGCUACGGGCUCGCUCUCGCGGAAAGGACAGGCCGCGAGCGGAGCGGCAGCGUUGGCCUCCGCUGCGAAAGCGGGUGAGGACGAAAGAGAAAGCACCGAGAGCCGUGAAAACGGCGCAGAUGAGUCGCCGUCAGAUAGGUCGCGGUCGUUGUCAACCAGGGGCGUGUUUUCCCUCUCUCAGGCGCUCCGGGCGCCUUUCGCACACGGAAGAGGUGUAGAAUCGGAAGACGGGCGCGUAAAUGGACGAGAUGAAAGAGGGGAACGACGGCACACUAGGGAAGACGAGAACGACAUGCGAGAGAACGAAAGUAUGAAAGACUGCCGCGAUGCCGGCGGUCAGCUAGUCUUCCAAAAUAUCUUCCAGCCCAGUCAAUCGGCCAGCCCCACACGGGAGAAUUUCUCUCGAAUCUCACACCUGCCGGCUAGUCGCCAGAGCUGCAGCUCCAGCGCGCUGUCCCAUCCGUGCCCCUCGUCAUCCUCUCCUGCUCGUGGUUCUCCCGAGAAAGCAGCGAGUUCUUCAGCUUCGAGUGCGUCUUCCUCUUCCUGCUCUCCCUACUCUUUUUCGUACUCUUCGUUCCUCAAGACCCAAGGGGCGGCAGUCGGUGAGAGGGAAGAGGCGACAAAGAGAAUCAGCAACGCGGAUCGUGAGAGACAGGACGGCGAAAGGAGAAAGCAGUACAGCAGUGCGUCGCCCCCCUCCAUGCACAGCACUCUGUCCGUCUCUCCGGUCUCUCUCGAUGGCUUGUCGCUGGGGACUUUGGAGCGCAGCGGGCGCGAGAAGUCGCAGCCGGAUCGGGAGGGUCAGUCUCCUCGACGCGGCACCGCAGCGAGUGCGGCAAGCGAGGAAAAGACCGCCUAUGCUUCGUACACUAGAAUGAAGUCCGCAUCCCCAGCGGGCUCCUCAAGUCUGGCCCCCCAGGUAAGCCAGGCGAUGGAGAGGAGUGCCGAAGACGCAGAAAGACGAGAUCGGGAGAGAGGAUUGUCUGUGGGGGGAGCCGGUUCCUCGAAUCUGUUCUCGCGCACACCGGGUCGAGAGAGCGGAUACGGAACGGACGGAAAAGGGAUCCAAGGGAAGCGCCUGCAAGGAGACCUAGGCAUAGGGGCUGGAACGUCUUUCUCCGGUCGGGGGGAUGUGUUGUCGCACCGAGAGAGCCUUCCGAGAACGUCUUCAGGGCAGCCUCGAGCCCAGAAGGAAGAGGGAGAGGAAGAAGGCAGGCGCCUAUCGCAAACGAGCCAUUAUCUGCAGAGUCCGAGGAGUCGGCAGGCGUGGAAAGACCGUCUCGCAGCGGCUUGCGCUCCGACCAGGACGAGCGUCCUCCCCACAGAAACUGACGAAGAGGCGACUAGCUCCCCGCUUUUGCGUGUGCUUCGGGAUGAAAGAAGCGGGGCUCGCAACGAAGGGGGAUCGUCUCCUUCUUCAUAUUUGCUCCGGCGGUCGCUCUGCAAAUCACAAGGAGAGAACGAAGGAAGACUCAGUGUAGAACGAAAAAGCAGUCACACGUACUCGAGAAGGACUGAGGGAGCAGAAGCCGCGGCAAGUGGUCCGCUUGAUGCUAGAGAGUCGGUGAUCUCUCACCUCUCUGCCUUCAACGUGGUCGAGGAUAGCUCAGACUACGGAGGAGGAGAAAACAGCCUUUCGGGUCUUGAAAGUUCGUCGGGUCGCCUAAGCAGCGGCAGGGGACGAACGUCGCUUUCGGGAAGGUGA